AUGUUCCCUUACAUUUUCAGUGGAAAGGUAAUGACGGCGAACGAACGAAUGGAGGAGCUGAAUCGUCAAAUCUCUGUUGACUACGCCGAUAGCGUCAGUCUGAAAGCCUACUUUCAGUUCUGUCGCUCCAUGCUUAACAUGGCAAAUGAAUUUGAAGGUGACGGUUGUAAAAUAAAGGCCUAUUGCCUACGAAAGCGGUUUGUCAUUCUCUUUAUUGAUCAUCUCAGCCGACGCAAGGACUUUAUGGACAGUGAACCUAGGGUUCGCGCUCUCUGGCGUCACGAAUGCGAGCGUGUGCUAAGAAAUGUUGAGAAAGCGCACAAAGAGAUCUUGGAAGAAUUCAGAGCAGAAGAGCUUUCGCGCCAAAAGUUCUCUUCUGCCCCUCUCGGCGCUAUCGCUGCUGCCGCUGAUACCACUGAGGCGUUACGCGGUGUAGGGUUAGAGCGUCGGAGUCCCUUACUUCCAGAAUCGCCAUCAGUCACUACCUCUUCUUAUCCUUCCACUGCCCUCCCUGUCACCGUUGACUCUCGUACACCUCAACUCCCUUCUCAAAAACCGUCCACUGUCACGCCGCCCAAAAUUGAUCGGACCCUUAAGCCCUCUAGUGUGGAAUCUGGGCCUGGGAACGGCCUUAAUCCCAUCCUCGUGCCACGAACCCUCGCUGCAACAUUCAUCGAAACAGUAAAGUCUAACACCCGUGCUAAUCGGGAGACCUGUGGGACGCUUUGCGGACAUCUUAGUCCUGAAGGAGACAAAUUUGUCGUAUCGCAUAUUAUCAUUUGUAAGCAGACUGGCACUGCGGACUCCUGUAUCACGACGAACGAGGAGGAGCUACUUUGCUGCUUAGAAUCGGACGGGCUAAUUGUAGUGGGAUGGAUUCACACUCAUCCUUCGCAGAAAGCUUUCAUGUCCUCAAUGGACUUGCACUGCCACCUCUCAUAUCAGUUAAUGCUUCCCGAAGCGAUUGCCAUUGUGUGUGCACCAAAGCACGACGAAGUGGGGUACUUCUCGCUCACGCCCGACUACGGUCUUAAAUUCGUGCUGGACUGCAAAGAAACUGGCUUUCACAAUCACACUUCCCUUCAAGAACUCUACGCUCCCUCUACGCAUGUGGUCUUUACGGAGGGGGAGGUUGAGGUCGUGGAUUUGCGGUGA